UCUUCGAAGGGGACUCCAAAGCUUGAUCAAAAAAGCUCUGAAGCCCCUUUCUUUCUAUCUUUCUUUUCCUUAUGCAUUUUGAGCACCUAUAGCCCUCCAUUUCUUGCCUUGCAGGGAGAACUUAAUUUUUUGAUCCAAAGAAAGAAAAACAAAGCUUAUUUGUUAUUCCUUUAAUUUACUCCCUCAAGGUUCAAAAUGUCUAAUGGUGAUGAUGAUUCACGCAGAAGAAAGAGAAUUGCCCUCAUCAGUUUCUCUUCCAUUUUUCUUGUAGCCAUGGUGGUUGCUGUCACUGUCGGUGUUAGCCUUAGCCAUGAUCAAAACAAAUCCAACGAUUCUAAAAAUGGUAGCAAGUCUGAUGACGAUAUAUACACCUCAUCCAAAGCCAUCCAAUCAAUCUGCGCUCCCACUGAUUACAAACGGGAAUGUGUCAGCAGCCUCUCCUCUGUGGCAGGAAACACGACAGACUCCAGAGAACUCAUCAUUGCUGUGUUUAAGGCUGCAAUGAACCAAAUCAACGAGGGUGCUAAGAAGUCAACCCUCUUGCAAGAUCUGGAGAAGGAUCCAAUGGCCAAGAAGGCCCUCGAGGAUUGCAAAGAGCUCAUGGACUUUGCGGUUGAUGAGCUGCAGCACUCUGCCAGCCGAUUUGGGGAUUUAGAUAUCACCAAACUUGAUGACGUGGUUAUUGAUUUGAGGACUUGGCUAAGCGCUGUCGUCACAUACCAAGAAACUUGCUUGGAUGGAUUCCAGAACACAACAGGUGAUGCGGGAAAGAAAAUGAGGGAGGCUUUGACCACAGCCAUGCACUUGAGCAGCAAUGGCCUAGCCAUUGUCUCUGGCAUGUCAAGUUUACUAGCAGACUUACAGAUUCCGGGGUUUGGUGGCAGCCGCCGUCGUCUCCUUCGAGAUGUUGUCAGCGACAACUGGUCGAAUCCCGGAGUUCGGAGACUCCUCCAGGUGAUUCCGACCGAGAUUGAGCCCAACAUUAUUGUGGCUAAGGAUGGGAGUGGAAAGUUCAAGACCAUCAAUGAGGCAGUGCUUGAAAUCCCAAAGAGAAGCAACCAGACCUUUGUAAUCUACAUCAAGGAAGGAGUUUAUGAGGAGUAUGUCCACAUAAACACGUCAAUGACACAUGUUAUGAUGAUCGGUGAUGGAGCUCAAAAGACAAGGAUCACAGGAAACCAGAGCUACAUUGAUGGCACACCCACCUUCAAAACUUCAACCUUUGCUGUAACCGGAGAUUACUUCACUGCCAAGAAUAUUGGGUUUGAGAACUCCGCCGGUGCCGCGAAACAUCAGGCGGUGGCACUGAAGGUCCAAUCCGACUUUUCAACAUUCUACAACUGCUCCAUGGAUGGGUACCAAGACACCCUUUACGUCCACACAAAGCGCCAAUUCUACCGCGACUGCACCAUCUCCGGCACAAUUGACUUCGUCUUCGGUGACGCCACCGCCAUCUUCCAAAAUUGCACAUUCGUCGUCCGAAAGCCAAUGGACAACCAACAAUGCAUCGUGACCGCACAAGGCAGGAAGGAGAGCCUGCAGGCGUCUGGUAUUGUCCUGCAAGGCUGCAGCAUCGUCUCAGACCCGGCAUUCUUCCCGGUGAGAUUCGAACGCAGGGCAUAUCUGGGUCGUCCAUGGAAGGCGUUCUCGAGGACCAUAAUCAUGGAGACCCACAUUGACGACUUGAUCCAGCCGCAAGGGUGGCUGCCUUGGGUGGGGGAUUUCGCGCUGGACACUUGCUUUUACGCCGAAUUCCAAAACACAGGCCCCGGCGCUAACUCGACAGGGCGUGUAAAUUGGGCGGGAGUGAAGAAGAACAUCACACGUGAAGAAGUGUUGGAGUAUACUGCAGGGAGAUUCUUUUUGGGUGAUGAGUGGAUUAAGGAUGCCCAAGUGCCUUACAUUAGUGGGAUGAUCACCAGUUAAUUAAGUCGGCGUAGAAGAAAUUUCAUACGGAUCAUGAGAGAGUACUGUACGUCUAAUAUAUAAAAUGUUUUUCCGGCC